GCACUGUCUGGAGUAAGUUGAAUGUGCGCCGUUCCUCGCUAGAUCCAAAAUCCUACCAAAACAGUUGCAAUGGAGAGAAUCAGGAAAAGCCUAUCCAUUUUCGUCAUUGGUCCUUUAAUUAUGAAUUUGGUUUGCGCACAAAGAGACCCUAGCAAUAUGCCUGUGGUCAAGGAUACGGUGGAUAGACUGAUGAAAGGAUACGAUAUUCGGUUGAGGCCAGAUUUUGGAGGUGCUCCGGUGGCAGUCGGGAUGAACAUAGACAUAGCCAGCAUAGACAUGGUAUCGGAGGUGAACAUGGACUACACCUUGACCAUGUACUUCCAGCAAGCAUGGCGAGACAAGCGUUUGUCUUACACCGAGAUUCCUCUCAACCUCACACUGGAUAACCGCGUGGCCGACCAGCUCUGGGUCCCGGACACUUACUUCCUCAACGACAAGAAGUCCUUUGUGCAUGGAGUCACGGUCAAGAACAGGAUGAUUCGGCUACAUCCAGAUGGAACAGUGCUUUAUGGAUUGAGGAUCACCACCACGGCAGCCUGUAUGAUGGAUCUGCGCCGAUACCCUCUGGAUGAGCAGAACUGCACCCUGGAAAUAGAGAGCUAUGGCUACACCACGGACGACAUCGAGUUCUACUGGAGAGGCGGGGACGGCGCCGUCUCUGGGGUGGAGAGAAUCGAGCUGCCACAGUUCUCCAUCGUGGACUACAAGCUCAUCUCCAAGAACGUGGUGUUCUCCACAGGCUCCUACCCUCGACUGUCACUGAGCUUCAAGCUGAAGAGGAACAUCGGCUACUUCAUCCUGCAGACGUACAUGCCCUCCAUCCUGAUCACCAUCCUCUCCUGGGUCUCCUUCUGGAUCAACUACGACGCCUCGGCUGCCAGAGUCGCCUUAGGUAUCACCACGGUGCUCACCAUGACUACCAUCAACACACAUUUGAGAGAGACCCUUCCCAAGAUCCCCUAUGUGAAGGCCAUUGACAUGUACCUGAUGGGCUGCUUUGUCUUCGUAUUCUUGGCCCUGCUGGAGUACGCCUUCGUCAACUACAUCUUCUUCGGACGGGGGCCGCAAAGGCAGAAGAAGGCAGCGGAAAAAGCUGCCUUGGCCAACAAUGAGAAGAUGAGGCCUGACCCCAACAAGUGGUUGAUGGGAAAUGUAGUUCAGAGAGACGAUGCUCUGUAUGCCCGAAUGAAACAGAGGGAAAUUGACGCAUAUGACUCGAUGUGGGAUCCGAUCUUUGCAGAGGACGCGGCAUUAGGACUAGGCGAGCAAAGAAAUAAGAUGAACCCGGACGACAACAUCCUGCUCGGCACCCUGGAGAUGAAGAACGAGAUGGUGUCGUCCGACCUGUCGCGCGCGCUGGGCGGCGGCGGAGGAGGCGGCGUUGACCCCCGCAGCACCAUGCUGGCGUACGACAGCUCCACCCUGCAGUACCGCCGCGCCGCGCUGGCCCGCCAGAACUACGGGCACAGCGCGCUGGAGCGCCAUGCCACCAAGAAGAGCCGUCUGCGCCGACGGGCCUCCCAGCUCAAGGUCAACAUCCCCGACCUGUCCGACGUCAACUCCAUCGACAAGUGGUCUCGGAUGAUCUUCCCCACUGUCUUCUCCUUCUUCAACGUAGUCUACUGGCUUUACUACGUCCACUAAGAGGAGUAGGAGGAGUUGUGCGGUUUGGGGCUGAACUGAGAAAUUGUGUGUGUGUGUGUGUAUGUAUGUGUGUGUGGGUGUGUGUGUGUGUGUGUGUGUGUGUGUGUGGGUGUGUGUGUGUGUGGUGUGGCCGGGGGAUGCAACAAAAGGAAAAACGAAAAAGAACAGUGCACUGACGUUUUCUUUUUCUUUUUCCUGUUUUUUGUUUUUGUUUUGUUUUUGUUUUUUUUUUUUGCUUAUUGUUUCAAAACAAUGAAAACAACAACGAUGAGGGAGGAAAGACCCUUUGGAAGAAGGAUCUGACAGCAGGAGUUGGGAUUAACGGAAUUUAUCCUGAGAAUGCUGGAAUGACUGACGAAGCGCGUGGAUAGUGUGGAAAGAGAGAUUUUAAAGACAUGCGAUAUUGCAAAGCCUGUUCCAGAGUUCCAGUAUAUCACGUAUAUUUGUCAUUCGUAGCAUAUUCUGUGGUUCAAAUAUUUAUGCUUGUGUUUGCAUAUACUUUAAAAACUUUGUUUUUCGGGUUAGUAUACCUAUUUACUUCGUAGCCAAGCCAACUGCAUCCAGGAAAGGUUACUAACUGAUCUUUUAAGGGGUCCUCCUUGAAAGCCUUUUUUUUUCCUAUAGUCGCUAUAUAUAUCAAACAUCUUUUUGAAAAGCAUGCUUCGGUUUGAUAUAAUUUAAAUCUCGGUUAUUGAGAUGGAGCACAAUGCAUUUUUAAUUUUAACUAGUUUUGAGAAAAAAAUAUAUUUUAUUCUUUCACAUGAGUUCUUUCAAAUUCCAUGCAGAUCACUGCCUCAGAGCCCAAUGACAAACAGGGUCGGAGUCUGAGAAACGUUUGGUUUUUAGCAGGGUGUCAUGUUUAAAGACCGACGAAAAGAACUCUUUGCCAUUGGCCGCCUGACUAUCCAUGGCAUUUUUACUGGACAGGAGACAUCAAGCUAUGGAAAUGCUGGACAUAAACGACCCUCACACUGAUAAACAAAGCACUGCCCGGACUUUAAAUUGGCACCUCUCCCACCCUCCCUCCCACCUCUCUCCGCGUUUGGACUCAUGGUCCAGUUGGGCUUCUCCAGAACGUUAGUCCCUUUUUUUUGGCCAAUUGUAAUGAUUUGAAUCUAUCGCUGCAGUCCUCACCUCUCUUCUGUACAAAAAAACAACCAUGCCAGUGUUUGGCGUAGCCCUGAGGCCUCUCAUGGCUUCCCUUCCAUCUUCAGUGUGUCCCCUUUCACAUCGUGCUACACACAGCUGGAAACAGACACAGAGGAGUCGUGUUUUCGGCCUUUGACCAUGCCAAAGCACAGGCCAAGAAGGUGUGUUGGUAUCAACUGUAAACCAUUGUCAUAAUCGAUAGAUUUAAGUUUCAUAACCGUAGAUGAUGUUUAAAAAAAGGUACACAAUUUUAUAAUUAUAUAGGUAUUCUCAAAUGUUAAUGUAAUUAAUCAUUAUUUAAAGGUUUUUUUUUGUGUAUUAAGUUUCUAAAUGUUGGCUACUUCGGUUUAAAAAGGGAACUAAGUACAGUAUUCUCAUCAACCAACACUGAGAACAUUUUUUCCAAGGCCUCAAAGAGCACAUAUAUGUACAUGAAAAAUAUAAGAUUUAUCUAAUACUGAAUUUAUGUGUAAAUAGAUCUUAAUCCACUCAAAUUACCAUCACAAAAUAUGACAGCAUCAGGAUUCUAUAAUCAAGACAUCUGUCAAACAUUUUUUUGUAUAAACUCCUGUAAAUUAUAACAAUAUUUCAUAAUGACCUGUAAAUAUAUCUUAUGUAAUGAUUGUCAACAAUUACAAAAAAAUGUAUCUAAAUUAAAUUAUUAAAAUGAAACAAAUUCUAUUUUUGUUGUUUAGCCAUUUGAACUCUGAGCUUUUAUCAUAUGUUAGAAUGGUGAUAUGACUGUGUAGUCCAUGCCUGUUUUCAAUGUAUUUCUUGGAAAUUUCCACAAAUGGGAAGCGAAUUCUGGGAAAGGAAUGUCCCAGAUUUGGUCCUGGAUCUGGAUGUCUUGGAUGUAGGCUAACAGUCUUUAUGUCACAGUGUUGGUGAGUUGACAUGGAUUUGACAUAUGAAUAGUCCUAAAUAGAAUAUAAAUAGACCUAAAUGGUCUGCAAUACAACUUCAUUUCAGUGCUCCUCCCCACAUUACAGGCAACUGUGUGGUAAUCCUACUGAGCACAAGAUGGUGUCUAGGUGGUUGUUAGCUGUUGCAGGUCCCUUGCAAUGCAUCUGAAGCACCUAUGGACUUGACAAUUGCUAUUCAAGUACAAUCGCCUGUUAAUGCCUUGUAUUUCAUGUAGGUGUUCUUUGUAUAUAU